AAAGUACAGAUAAGGCUCAGACUGAACACUGGGUCCACUCAAAUUAGGAAGUUGAGCAGGGGAGGAGGAAUCAGCAAAGAUGGUUGCAGAGGAGUCCCCAGAGAGGCAGGAAGAAAACCAAGAAAGUGCCCACUUCACAGAAUCAAAGAGGCUUUCAAAAAGGGUGGCAUGAUUAUGGUGUUAAAUGCCAUCAAAGAGUAAAGCAAGCUGCCUCGUUUUCAAUUGUGCACAUCUGAAUGCAAGCAAUCCCUGUCUGAUGUGGAGUUUCUUGCACUGAUAAGGAAAAACUGCUGAAGUUGUGAGGCUGCUCCAGGCAGAGCCAUCAUCUAACAGACCUAAAAGAAGCAUCAUGUUCCAUGACUUCAUUUCACCCCAGGGGACUUCAAGCUGUCCGUGCCCAGAAGUUCAAGAGUAAAAGGCCACGGAGUAACAGUGAUUCUUUUCAGGAAGAGGAUCUGAGGCAGGGUUUUCAGUGGAGGAAGAGCCUCGCUUUUGGGGCAGCCUCAUCUUACUUGAACUUGGAGAAGCUGGGCGAAGGCUCUUAUGCUACAGUUUACAAGGGGAUUAGCAGAAUAAAUGGACAACUAGUGGCUUUAAAAGUCAUCAGCAUGAAUGCAGAGGAAGGAGUCCCAUUUACAGCUAUCCGAGAAGCUUCUCUCCUGAAGGGUUUGAAACAUGCCAAUAUUGUGCUCCUGCAUGACAUAAUCCACACCAAAGAGACACUGACAUUCGUUUUUGAAUACAUGCACACAGACCUGGCCCAGUAUAUGUCUCAGCAUCCAGGAGGGCUUCAUCCUCACAAUGUCAGACUUUUCAUGUUUCAACUUUUGCGGGGCCUGGCGUACAUCCACCACCAACACGUUCUUCACAGGGACCUGAAACCUCAGAACUUACUCAUCAGUCACCUGGGAGAGCUCAAACUGGCUGAUUUUGGUCUUGCCCGGGCCAAGUCCAUUCCCAGCCAGACAUACUCUUCAGAAGUCGUGACCCUCUGGUACCGGCCCCCCGAUGCUUUGCUGGGAGCCACUGAAUAUUCCUCUGAGCUGGACAUAUGGGGUGCAGGCUGCAUCUUUAUUGAAAUGUUCCAGGGUCAACCUUUGUUUCCUGGGGUUUCCAACAUCCUUGAACAGCUGGAGAAAAUCUGGGAGGUGCUGGGAGUCCCUACAGAGGAUACUUGGCCGGGAGUCUCCAAACUACCUAACUACAAUCCAGAAUGGUUCCCGCUGCCUACGCCUCGAAGCCUUCACGUUGUCUGGAACAGGCUGGGCAGGGUUCCUGAAGCUGAAGACCUGGCCUCCCAGAUGCUGAAAGGCUUUCCCAGAGACCGCGUCUCCGCCCAGGAAGCACUUGUUCAUGAUUAUUUCAGUGCCCUGCCAUCUCAGCUGUACCAGCUUCCUGAUGAGGAGUCUUUGUUUACAGUUUCAGGAGUGAGGCUAAAGCCAGAAAUGUGUGACCUUUUGGCCUCCUACCAGACAGGUCACCACCCAGCCCAGUUUAGCAAAUGCUGGUGAAAAGAAAGGGCGAGAUCGCCCAGGUUCUUCCAGGGCUGUAUUUCUGCAGUUUCGGUUUUCAUUUGCUUCAGCUUACUAAGAAGCUUCAAAUCUAACUCCAUACUGAACAAGGGGUUCUAUGCCCUCGCCUAUGACCUAGAAUAGUUUAAAUAUGGUGUUCAAGGCGAUAGUACAUAAUACUAUCGCCUUGAAGAAGAAAAUGCAAGGUUAUUGCUAUUGUCAUUUGCAUAGAAUUUAAGUGAUUGAUUUUAAAAAACUAGACAUAAACUAAGUCUAAGAAGAGGGCUUCUGAAUAACUUCAUUCAUUUUGGCAUUUGUUAAGAGAUUCCUGGGCUAGAAGGUUGAUUUCCCAAAAAGACAGAUAAGAGACUGACAAUUUAAAAGAAUCUGGAGACAGAGCUGGUGCUUACAGAGACCUGCCACUCCUGUGUUCACUUACAAUUUCUCCCAACAAAAGGAUUUCUGUGGCAAGGAGAAAACUAAAGUUUAGAAAAAGAUGGUUUCUUGGAGAACACUGUUAACAAAAGGACUUCCUGAGGACUAUUUAUUAUUAUUUUGUAGGGGGCACUUCCUCCCUCACUAAACUGGAUUAUCAGAACAUAUUACCACCCAACCCAUAUUUUAGAAGUUUGGAUUUGGCUGCUGAUUAGAAUUGAAUUUCAGGCUAUCUCCUCCUACUGAAUCUUAAUUGCCUGUGAUGAUGGCAACAGUGAUGGGGAAUCUAAGCGCUGGUUUGAUGGUGGAGAUAUUGAAUAAGUAAAUGGGAGCAGAGUUCCAAAGAUGUAAUUUAAGCCCUGUUGCACCACCACACACACACACACACACACCUCAAGUAAAAUGAGAGAUCUGUCUUAGCUAACACGUGUGCCGUUUUAUACAAUGACUCCUUCUAAAAGAAGCCAGGGAAACUCAAAUCGCUUCUGUCUAGGGAUCAUCUCAGGAAAUGUAGUAGCCUAGAAACCAGAGACCUCUGUAUAUCCUUUGGAAGAACAAGGAGGAACUAAUUAAGAGAGAAUUAAAAAAUAGUAACUAUCCCCCAAUGUCUGAGGAAAAAGGAAAAAGACACAUGGGUAGCCCAAAUCAACCUGCCUGCAUAAGUAUCUGAUUUUAGUAAGGCAUUUGACAAAGCCUGUCCAGCUAUACCUGAAAGAUGAAAGAGUGUAGGCUGGGUGAUGGAGCAGAUAUAUGUACUCAAAUCAUGGUGUUUAUUUAACCCAGAGAAAGGCCAGCCAUGGUGUGCUACAAGGUUCAGUCUUGAGUCCUAUUCUGGUCAAAUAUUUUUAUUAAUUACUUGAAUAAAUCAGAGUACAUGGACAAAUUAUUCAUACAACUCCUUGGAGUAAGUACUAUUAUUAUUAAUUUAUGACUUCCAUUUCACAAAAGAGGAGACUGAGGCUCAGUGAAGUUAAAUAACUCCUUCAUAGUAGCAUGCCAGAGUUAAGAUGCAAACCUCAGACCUGGCUCUCCAAUGUUCUUGACACCUAUCAAAUUUAGAGAAUAUACAACUCUUGCAGAGGCAGCUGCUAUUUAGUGUUGGAUCAUGAUUCAAAAGACACCUUGCUAGAAGCCAAUGAACAGCAGGCCAAAACAACACUUAUUUCCAUCAAAUUUCAUCCGACUUAAAUUCUUACACUUUGGGCUACAACUUAAAAAAGGCUGUGACUUAGUGGAAAUUGGCACUUUCAAGUACAACAUGAAUUAAUAGUAUAAUUUCACUUCCCCCAAAGAUAAUGCUAGUACCAAUCGAAAGCUCAGGGAUGCUACUGUUGACGCAUCAGCAAAAGUUCUUGAGCAGUUUCACCUGUCCAUCAAUACACUGAGUUCCCACAACAGUAGUGGGAUUCCUCUGCCUCCCUGAAGAUAGGAGAGCUAUAGGAGGGAUUCCCAUGUUGGAGGUUAGAAGAGCUGACCUCCAAUGCCCCAUCUAAUUCCAAGAUUCUCCAGUAAUGACUUUGGAACAGCUGUGGACAGACUAUGCUUGGAAUUAUGGUUAGAUACUAUUGCUGCAGGGAUGAAUAGACAAAUUUUGUUAUUAAAAAAUUGAUAUUAAGUGGAAGUUGACAGAAUUAUCCUCUCUAUAAUGGAAGAACAUUAUGCUUAUGCAUGUGCAUAUACCUUAUGCAUAUGAUUAUGCUUGUGCUUCCUUCUUUAAUGGAUUUACCUAUUCAAAAGCUUAAUAAAUAUUAUAAGACUCUAAAACAUUUAAAUUUUUCAUUUCUCAAUUUUAUCAAAUAAACAUUCCUGGAAUUUGUGCAUAUUUUUUCAUCCCAUGUUUUUGUUGUUUCUUCUGUAUAGACCAACACCAGACUUUAAAAAACAUAAUUUAUUUUUGUUCAGUUUGAGGCACUAGUUAUUUUAGUGAUGCUUACUUAGCCACUAGUGCUAUUCACCUAAUAUUUCUGUCUUCCAGGCAUCCAUAAUGGGGUCGCACUUCUUGGCUUUCUGAUGGGUGGAUAUGGCCACGUGGUUAGUUCUGGCUAAUGAAUUGUGAGUAGAUGUGAUCUGUGUCACUUCUGGGCCAAGCAUUCAUUUGAUUGCCAGUAUAAGACCCUCCAAAUUUCUGUCCUUUUUUUUGUUGUUGUUCUGUUUUUUGAGACGGGGUCUCACUAUGUGGCCUAGGCUGGCGUGCGGUGACUAUUCACAGGUUAUGAUCAUCACACACUACAGACUCAAACUCCUGGGCUCACGCAAUCCUCCUACCUCAGCCUCCCAAGUAGUCAGGACUACAGGUGUGCACCAGCACAUCCAACUCAAAUUUCUUUUUACUUUCCCUCGGUUCCAGUGACCAGCAGUGUUUAAGAUGAUCCCAGAAUGAGGAGAUGUAGAACAGAGUUCCCAGAUGACAUAUGAUGAAGGUGUAGUGGAAGAGAGAAGUAAAACUUUAUUGUUUUAAGCCACUAAUAUUUUGAGGUUAUUUGUUACUAUAGUAUAACCUAGUCUAUCCUGACUGCUACCAGGACACAUAAAACACACACUUGCA